AUGUCGCUCCAGGUGAAUUUGUCGUCACCGGCCAUCCGCACCGCGUACGAAAAGGUGCUGGACGGGGUGAUUGACUAUGUCGUGCUCUCUUACAAAAAGCUCUCGAAUGAUCUGGACGUGACAGCUGCCGCCAAAGGCUCCCUCGACGACCUCGUUGAGGAGUUUUCCGACGGCAAGGUACAAUAUGCCCUGGCGCGCGUGAGCGACCCUAACACCCACCUGCCCAAGUUUGUACUGAUCAACUGGUGCGGAGAGGGCGUGCCUGAGAACCGCAAAGGCCUAUUUCCGCCUCAUAGCGCCACGGUCGCCGACUACUUCAAGGUGUACCAUGUGUCCAUCCAGGCACGCACCGAGGACGAUAUUUUGCCUGACGCUAUUCUGCGCAAGGUCAUGGACAGUAGCGGCAGUAAGUAUGGCACGGCGAGCUCGCGUGCCCCUGAACCGAUUGCGCCUGUCGGCACUACACAUAAGCCGGUAGGCACGCCUGAUAUUCGAGGCAUGCAAGCCAAGGCGCCCAAGAGCCAUGAGACACCUGGACCGGUGGGCACAAACUAUACACCUGCUCGUGAAGAGCUCAAGCAGCUGCGUGAGGGCAAGCUCUCGAAUCCCGCGCCGCCUUCCGCGCCAAAACCUGCGGUGCCCCAACCCGCGGUGCCCCAGCGCUCAGUACCUCAGCCCUCGUCAGCGCCCAAGCCUGCGCCUGAACCUGCGCCUGAACCUGCCCCACCCAAGCCCGCAGAAGAGGACAAAAUUCAGCCGGUCGGUACAUCGUACACACCUGUAUCGUUGCCGAAGCCCGGAAAGCUCUCUCUUGAUCGCACGAUGCCAUUUUCCCAAGCUCAUGCACCUACCGGCCCUGCUCCACCUGGUCGACGUACUGCUGCGCCUGGCAAGCUGACGUGGAGUCAGCGUCAAGAAAAGGCUCGACAGGAACGCGAGGCCGAAGAGGCUCCCGCGGAGAGCGCUCCCUCGGUCGACCAUGUCGUCUCCCAGAUGAAUCGCGCCUCGGUGAACGAAGAACCCCCUGCACCUUCCGCACCUCCUGCACCUCCUGCACCCCCAGCGCCACCAGUACCCGAGCCCACAGCGUCCGCAGAACCUCCUGCGUUGGAUGCGCCCGCAUCAGGUGGUCAGCGUGCCACCGUUCUGUACGACUAUGAUGCUCAAGAAGACAAUGAGCUCACGCUGCGCGAGGGCGAGAUCCUUACAGCUAUUGACCAAGUCGACGAGGGCUGGUGGUCAGCAACAGGUCCCAGCGGUGCGACAGGUCUGUUCCCCGCCAACUAUGUGGAGCUGUUGGAAGAGGCAGAGCCGGAAGCAGAGACGACCUCUGCCCCGCCACCACCACCUGCCCCACCUGCUCCUCCGGCGCCAGAGCCCCCUGCAGUGGAGCAGAUCCCACCCCCACCGCCUCCGCCUCCUACACCACCUGCUCCUCCGGCACCGGAACCCCCUGCAGUGGAGCAAGUCCCACCCCCACCGCCGCCGCCUCCUGCUCCCCCCGCUCCUCCGGCACCAGAGCCUCCCACAGAGGAGCAAGUCCCACCCCCGCCGCCGCCGCCUCCCGCACCACCGGCUCCGCCCGCUCCUGAACCCGAGGCCGUGGCACCCCCUCCUCCGCCGCCCCCGGCCCCACCGGCAGCAGCUCCUCAGGCCGUCGCGCUGUACGACUACGAGAUGGACGAGGACAAUGAAAUCACCCUGGCCGAAGGUGACCAGAUCGUCGAUAUCGAGUUCGCCAGCGAAGACUGGUGGAGCGGCACGAAUGCUCGGACAGGUGCCAUGGGUCUGUUCCCUGCCAAUUAUGUAGAGCGACUAUCCUAG